UGACAAUGCAAACAUCAAUCUAAAACUAAACCAAACGCGAAGUUUCAAACAGAUAUGAUACUAAGCAGGUUGAAGCCUGCUUUGCAGGAUAGCAACCCAGAAAAGGCUGCUGGUAGGGAUGGUUCCGGCAAAAGUAGAUCACAGUUUGAGGAUUACUUGAUGAAACGGGAUUAUAUGGGAGCUAUCACUUUAUUAGAGUUCAAAGGCCAUCUAGACAAAAACCCGCUGGCAAAGCAAUGGCUAGCUUAUUGUGCUUUCCAUCGUGGUGAUUAUAAGAAAGCUCUAAAUACGUAUCAAAAUUUGAACAAAAUCGAUCCCGACAUUGAAAACCUGGCUUUGAACGUCGCUUGCUGUUAUUUUUACCUAGGGAUGUACGAUGAAUCAAAAGAAAUAUUGCAAAAAGUACCACCUUCUGGCCUCAAAACAAGGCUCAAUUUUCAUUUGUCUCACAAACUCAGGGAUGAGGCAACUCUGAUGGAAUUUCAUCAACAGUUACAAGACGUUUUAGAGGAUCAGUUAAGCUUAGCUGCAAUACAUUAUUUGAGAGCCCAUUACCAGGAGGCUAUAGAUAUCUACAAAAGGCUGCUUUUACAGAACAGGGAAAAUAUAGCACUUAAUGUGUAUAUAGCUCUAUGCUACUACAAACUAGAUUACUACGACGUAUCGCAAGAAGUUCUAGGUCUUUAUUUGAACAGCUAUCCUGACUCUGUUAUCGCUACAAAUCUAAAAGCUUGCAAUAUAUUCCGCCUAUACAACGGCACAGCUGCUGAAAACGAACUGAGAACCAUUGCCGAUCAAAGUGCAAAUGUCGGAUUCGGUUACGACCUGCUGAAGCAUAAUUUGGUGGUUUUUAGAGACGGAGAUGGAGCUAUGCAAGUCUUUCCGUCGCUCGUGGACAUAGUCCCAGAAGCAAGACUGAAUCUGGCCAUUCAUUACUUGAGAAACAACGAUAUUAAAGAAGCUUUCGAGUUGCUGAGAUACUUGCAACCCGCAGUUCCACAAGAGUACAUUUUGAAGGGAGUUGUCAAUGCAGCACUUGGUCAAGAAUUGAAUUCGGCACAACACGUCAAAAUUGCCGAGGAAUGCUUUCAUUUAGUAGGCAGUUCCGCAAGUGAGUGUGAUACAAUCCACGGCAGACAAUGCAUGGCAGCCGCAUUUUUCCUCGCAGGCCAAUUCGAGGAAGUUUUGGUAUAUCUGACAUCGAUAAAAAGUUAUUUACAUUCAGACGAUACCUUUAACUUUAAUUACGGCCAAGCAAAAACGGCUUGCAAUCAGUUCAAAGAAGGCGAAGAAGCCUUACUCUUGGUGAAAGACCCUCGGAUUAAGAGUGAUUACGUUUACGUAUCCAACUUGGCACGAUGCUAUAUAAUGAACAAGAAGCCACAGAACUCCUGGGAACUGUACACUAAGAUGGAAAGUGGACCAGAAGCCUUCAAUUUGUUACUGCUCAUUGCAAAUGACUGUUAUAGGUGAAAAUUGAUAUGGUAUUUCCUAAUUGAAUGUCGAUAUUAUUGUCUGUGUAUCCAACAAAGACAUUAAACCAAUAUUUCAAUGUUAUAAUAUACAGGGUGUUCGCAAGUUGGGGUUUUCCUUUACAUGACCUGUAGGCCUUGAGAAAAUAAGCGGAUUUUGUUAGUAGCAUAUACACCAAUGUCUCAAGAGAACCGAGAUAUUGGGCUCAGCAAACUCAAUCAAACCUGAACCAAACCGUAACCGGUCCUGUCCUAUCCUUCGAUCACGUCCACAGCGCCAGCGUACAGUUAUACGACGUACAUCUACGAUGUAACUACAGAUUUUACGAGAGAGCCGUACUUGGAAUUUCAAUUCAACUGAACUGAGUGCUUUUUCAUUU